AUGGUGCGCACGUCCCUGCCCGGCCUCCCACCCCUACGCGUGCUGGCGGUGCUGUCCUGUGGCCCGGUGUCGCGGGUGUUCCUGGCGGUGGGCGGCGGGCGGCCGGUGGUGGCCAAGUAUGCCUCGCUGGCCCGCGUUCAGCAGGAGGUGGCGGUGCUGCAGGACCUCCAGGGGGCGGGCGGCGCGCCGCUGCCCCUGGCGGUGGCCGCGACGCCGCAGUACUCGCCGCUGCUGCCCGGCGCGCGCUACUCCUUCCUGAUGAGCGACCGCGGCCACGUCAGCCUGCACGGCCUGGCGCGCCGCCACGGUCUGGACCCCGCCGAGGCGCUGCGCCUCGCCCUGGACGUGGCACGCCGCCUGGCCGAGGUGCACGCGCGGGGCCUCGUGCACAACAAUGUGCACGCCGAGCACGUGGUCCUCCGCGCGGAGCCUCUCGGCAGCGGCGGGCGGCGGGCGGCGCGGGCACGGAUGGCGGCGUCCCUGGUGAGCUUCUCCUUGAGCUGCCCGGCGGGCGCGGCGCCGCGGCUGGACUGGCUGCCGCAGGGCCCGCGGCACCACCUGGCGCCCGAGCUGCUGCGCGGCGCGGCCUGCAGCCCCGCGGGGGACGUGUUCUCGCUGGGCAGGCUGCUGGCGGGGUUGACGGGCAACCGCGGCCCUGACCACUCGCCGCUGCAGCAGCUCGCGACCCACAUGACCCAGCGGUCACCCGCGCGGCGGCCCAGCCUCGCCUGCGUUACCCAGCGGCUGGAGGCUCUGCUGCACGCCGGCCACCCGUGUCCCCCGUCGCCCGCCUUGCCUGGCCUCUCCAGGUGGCUCAGGGCGUGUGGCGCCUGUGUGGGGGACACCAAUCUCCGCCUGGCCUCGAACACGCCGGCCGCCGACACUCGCGGUGGUAGGCCAGACAGCGAACACCAGCAGCCGCCUCGUCGCAGGAGGGGGGGCAGGGGCGUGGUGCUGGCGGGGCUGCUGCUGCUGCUGACGGGCCUGCUGCUGGGAGUGGCCGCGCAGGGGUUCAGACAGCAGUGA